AUGUCAGAUGAUGAAGAUAUAAAUAUCGCAGGACAAUUAAUAUCUAAAAAUGAAGACUCAGAUAUAAGCUCUUCAUCAGAAGAAGAACCUGAUAUGGAAUUACAAGAUGAAAUAAUAUCCCUGGACGAAGAAGAAAAAGAUGAACCCCAACCCAAAAAGAAAGUAAAAUUGAAUAAUCAACAAUCUUUUCCUAAAUUAGAAUUAUCAGAUGAUGAAGAAGAACAAGAUAUAAACUCAUUUAAUACAACCCAAAAUCCUACAGUUAAGAAAGCCAAGGCUGGAUCAUUUGCAUCAUUUGGAUUAUCAAAAUUUAUACUUACAAAUAUUGCCAAAAAAGGUUUUAAACAACCUACACCAAUUCAAAGAAAAACUAUACCGUUAAUUAUUGAAGGUAGAGAUGUUGUUGGUAUGGCAAGAACCGGUAGUGGUAAAACUGCAGCUUUUGUGUUACCAUUAAUUGAAAAAUUAAAAACUAGAAGUCCUUCAGGUGUUAGAUCAAUUAUAAUAUCACCAUCAAGAGAAUUAGCUAUUCAAACUUAUAAGCAAGUUAAAGAAUUCAGUCGUGGUACAAAUUUACAAUCAACUGUUAUAAUUGGUGGUGAUUCCUUGGAAGAAGAUUUUGGGAAAAUGAUGACAAAACCAGAUAUAAUCGUUUGUACACCAGGUAGGUUUUUACAUUUAAAAGUUGAAAUGGAUUAUGAUUUAUCAUCUGUUCAAUACAUUGUUUUCGAUGAAGCUGAUAGAUUAUUUGAAAUGGGAUUUUCUGAACAAUUAAAUGAAUUAAUUUUUGCAUUACCUUCAAAUAGACAAUCAUUAUUAUUUUCAGCAACAUUACCUAGUUCAUUAGUUGAAUUUGCAAAAGCAGGAUUGACACAACCAAUUUUAGUAAGAUUAGAUGCAGAAACUAAAAUUUCAGAAAAUUUACAGAUGGCAUUUUUCUCAACAAAGAAGAAUGAAAGAGAAGCUAAUCUAUUAUAUAUUUUACAAGAAGUUAUAAAGUUACCAUUAGGUACACAAGAACAAUUGAAGAAUUUAAAAGAUAUAGAUAAAAGGCAAAUUGAAAGUGAUGACGAAGAAGAAGAUGGAAAGAAGAAAAAGUAUAAAUUUAAAAAGGAAAGACUUCCAUCAGCUAAUCAAUUACCUUCUCAACAUUCAACUAUUAUUUUUGUACCUACAAAACAUCAUGUUGAAUACAUUACAAAAUUAUUAAGAGAUGCAGGUUAUUUAGUUUCGUACAUUUAUGGUACUUUGGAUCAACAUGCAAGAAAGAAUCAAUUAUAUCAAUUUAGAAUUAAUUUAACCAACAUUUUAGUGGUUACAGAUGUUGCAGCAAGAGGUAUCGAUAUACCAAUUUUAGCAAAUGUUAUAAAUUUUACAUUGCCUGGUUCAUCGAAAAUUUUCAUUCAUAGAGUUGGUAGAACUGCAAGAGCAGGAAAUAAAGGUUGGGCAUAUUCGAUAGUUAAUGAAAAAGAAUUACCGUAUUUAUUGGACCUAGAGUUGUUUUUAGGAAGGAAAGUUUUAUUAACUUCAAUGUAUGAAACAAAAUGUAAAUUAUUAAAACAAAAGCAAGGUGAUGCAUAUAUACCACCAAAAAUCAAUUAUACUGAAAGAUUAAUAGUUGGAUCAAUACCUAGAUUAGAAUUGGAAACAUUUCAAGAAUUAUAUGACAAUUUACUUAGGAAUAAUUAUGAAAUUCAAACAUUAAAAGAUGUUUCAACAAAGGGUGAGAAAUUAUAUCAUAGAACAAGACAAUCUGCAUCACAAGAAUCUCUUAAAAGAUCAAAAGAAAUUAUGGAAACUGGUUCAUGGGAUGAUCAACAUUUAUUAUUUGGUGAAAAUUUAGAAAAACAAAAGAAUGAAUUUCUUGAAAUAUUACAAAAUAGAAAUGUUAAAGAAACUGUAUUUGAGUUUAGAAAAAAUGAUCCAAAAAAGGAAAGUGAUAAUUCAAUGAUUGACUUUAUGAAUAGAAGAAGAAAACAAUUGGCUCCAAUUCAAAGGAAAGCAAAAGAAAGAAAAGAAUUAUUACAAAUGGAACGAUUACAAGGAUUAACACAUGGUAUAGAGGAUGAAAUAUUAAAAAAUGAUGAUGAAUAUGGUUAUCAAGUAAAUGAAAAUGAAUUAGAUAAAAUAUUUGAAACAGAACCAAAAUCAUUUAAAGAUCCAAAUUUUUACUUGUCUCAUUAUGCUCCAAAAUCAGAUAUACAAGAUAAACAAUUAUCUAUAGGUUCUUCAUUUGUAAAUGAUGCACAACAAGCUACAUUUGAUUUAGAUAAUGAUGAUAAAAUACAAAAAAAUUCUCAAGUUAUGAAAUGGGAUAAAAAGAAAGGUAAGUAUAUAAAUUCAAAAUCAACUGAUAAGAAAUAUAUUAUAAGUGAAUCAGGAGUUAAAAUUCCUGCAACUUAUAAAUCUGGUAAAUUUGAUGAAUGGAAGAAACAAAGAAAUUUAAAAUCUUCGAAUAGUGUAAUAGAACAAGAUAAUAAUGGUCAACGAUUUAAACAUAAACAAGACAAAGCUCCAAAAUUACCUGAUAAAUUCAGAGAUGAUUAUCAUAAACAAAAGAAGAAGGUUGAAAAAGCUUUGGAAUCAGGUAAACAAGUUAAAGGAUAUAAUAAACAUGGUUCAAAACAAGAAUUAAAAUCAACUGAACAAAUUAAAAAAGAAAGAAAUUUGAAAGAAAAGAGAAGAGCCAAAAAUGCAAGACCAAGUAGAAAAAGGAAAUAG